UAGAUAACGACGAGCAUGCGCACUAAAGUAACUUUGUGAUAAUGCCAUGCGGCUAAUAAAGGAACUAAAAUGCAUCAUAACAGAUCGGAAUAAUAACAUUCCGCAUAAAAAAUUGGACAAGUACUGGACUUCUGUAUAUGUACGAUCGUGCGAGGAAGUUUAUCAUCCACAACCUCAACUGUGAUAUAGUACAUGUGUUUUUCUGGGAUCUAAUACGAAAGAGAGGGAAACAAUAUGUUUACAUCAGAAGAAAUAAAGAGGCAAUUAAAAGAUUUGUUAAUAUUGAAACGUAAUGGUGAAUUAGACACUGAGGAGAAGCUUCUUAACUCGAAUAAUAAAUAUUGGAGAAAUUGUAUCAUGUAUGAUAGUUUGGAACAUUAUGUUUAUCAUUAUGAUGAAGAGAUAAAAUUAAAUACACUAGCCCUUAUAGUAGAAUCAAAGAAGAGCACUUUAAAAUUUACAUCUCAAGAACUUGAUAUAAUCAUCCUGUUUCUACAAGUCAAUUUUAAAGAAAAUAUAGAAUUUGUUCCUCUAAUAAAAAAGACUUUAAAGCGAAUGAAGGACAGCUUAGCUGUCAUGAGGCGGCAAUAUGCACAAGAAGAAAAAAUGAGAAACCAUUAUAAAAAAAACUGUAGUUCAUCAGAGAUAAAACAAGAAGUGAUGGAUGAAUCAUAUAAAAUAUCUUGCAAUUUAGAAAGUGAUAUAAACAUGUAUAGUUGUAAAUUUGAAUCUCUACGUCAGAUGUGCAUAUGUAGCCCUGAUGCAACAUAUAAUAGGAGGCAGUAUUCUCUACAGAUAUUGCUCUUAAUGAGAGAUUUAUUAGAUAAUGAAUUUAAACAAGUUAUUUGGAAGGCUGAGCAAGUGGAAGCAAUAUUUAACUUAAUGUUAUUAGAUACAUAUGAAACAAAUAAAGUAAUGGCUUUCAAUCUAAUAAAAUCAAUAGAUCCAAAUUUAUUGCAAUUAAAUAAUGAAGGUCGUGUUCGUGAUAUUAUCAUGGUUGCUAUUGAAUUAGGCAAUAGUGUAAGACCUAUUGAUACUAUUACAGCUGUAUAUAUGCUGAAAGUUAGUAUACUGUCACCUAUUGUGCAAAAAGUACUUGCAAACUAUUUAGAUCUAAUAAUACAGUUUGAAGAUAUAAAAGAAGCAACAAUACUACAACUGAUACUAAUUUUGUUGAAAAAGUUGAAGGAUUCCUUGACUCUAGCAAAAAAGAAUAUAGUGAAAACUGUUAUUAAACAUUCUUUGUAUGGCUAUCUUUUCUGUAUAAGAAAUUUGUUAUAUGAAUGCAAUUUGGAGAAUGCUGGGAAAGAAUGUUUAUGGCAGAGCACUGUAACAGAAUUAAUAUCCAUAUCUUUCGAAUGCAGUCAUGCAGUUUCUUUAAUAGUAAAUAAUUCUUCACCAGAGGGACAUUUACCAAUGGAGUUGAAUUCACAAGCUAUUAAUGAAAUAUGUAAUUCUGUGCCUGAUAAACAAAUAGUAACACCACAAAUGGUAUUGCUUUGUUCUUGGCGUACUGUAAAGGAAGUUAGCUUAUUGUUUGGUUUGCUUUCCACUAAGGCACCUAUAUGUGAAGACAAUCCUUCCACAAAAUUGUUAAAUGAAGAGCAAAUUAUCAAAAUAGGAGAACAUUUUGUUUCCUUGCUUACUGAAACAAAGCAUAGAGGAGCAUUUGAACAGGCUCAUGUAGGAUUCAGCCAAUUGUGUUCUCGACUAUGGCGUUUAAGUAAAACAAAUCUAAAUGAAUUACCUAAAUUGUGGUUGCAUCAAAUUUUAAUUUCCAUCACGGGAAUUAAAGAGAACUCAAAAUUGUGUGCAACCAGAAGAAGUAUAGGAGUACCAUUCAUGAUACAGGCUUUACUAUCUACAGAACCUCGUCAAUACAAAGAUACAAAAACUACAACCUUUGAUUCAGUGAUAAAAAUUCUGUUAGGACUUACACAAUUGAAAAGUGGAAAUCUACGGGGAAAAGUGCAACAUCUGAUAUACUCAAACUCUGUUUUUGCACAUUAUGAGAACUCACUUGUUACAUUGAAGUACAACGAUGAUUGUCCUGUAAACGAAAAUAUCAUUCAAGUCACGGAAAUCAAAACACAUGCUCUAAAUAUCUUAAGAGCAAUUUUUCGACAUUCUCAUCUUGCAGAAGUAGUAAAUAAUUAUGUUGAAGAUGGUUUAAUAGCGGCAUUUAAAAGUUACGAUGCUGCAACAUGGGCGGAAAGAAACGCAGCAACAUUACUUUUUAGUGCACUUAUUACUAGAAUCUUUGGCGUUCAAAGAACGAAAGACCAUAUCAAUCUUACCACAGAUAAUAAAAUGAAUUAUAGAGUAUUUUCUGAAAAAUAUUCUAAUCUAUUAUCCUUCAUUUUGGAUCAAUUGCAAACAUUUGUGGCAAUGGAUGAUACUCUUAUAAAAGCCGAUAUACAAUCGAUAUUACUUUUACUAUCACGGUUAUACUGUAGUAAUAAUACGGAACCUAGUGAUAUUCAACGGAAGGUCAAUGAUCUUAUAGAUUUAAUUAUACAAUGCGCAAAAAGUGCGAUAUUCGAAACACGGAAAUUAGCAGCCAGAGCACUUGUACCUUUAUUAACAACACAAUCUGUUCAAUAUGUUUUAACAAAAAUAAUUGAGAAUAUAAUAUCUGCAGGGACCAACUAUUCAUCCUUAAAUUUAAUACAUGGUUAUAUGUUGCAAAUAUAUGAAAUACUAAUAUAUUUCAAUUUUAAAUCGUUUGAAUUGGUUGAUGUAAAUUGGGAUGAAUUUUUAAAACGCACAAUUUGGAUCAUAGAAAAUCUGGAGCGAAAAAAUUCAAAACCGCCAAGUUUUUUAUUGGCUGCACAUUAUGUAAAUGUUUGCAAUAAAAUAUGUGAAGUAGAUAGAACGUAUGUGAUACGAAUGUCCCCGAUGCUAUAUACCGUAAUUUCACAUUUAUUAGGUGAAAAAUUAAAACAAGGACCUGCGCGAGAACUGUAUAAAUUAUCAGUAAUUAGAUUCAUUCGAUCAAUAUCGAGAGAAACUUCGCUAAUUCAACAGUCCAUAGUAAUCAAAAUAUGCUUGCAUAAUUUAAAAGUUCCUGAAAUGCAAAUUGCUGCAUGGUCAAUUGUUUCAGAAAUCAUUAAUGAAGUGAAAUAUAGUGAUGUACUACAGACAUUAUUAAAUUAUGGUUUCUAUGAAAUUCGCAACUCUAUAGAAUGUUUUCAUAAGUAUAGUCCAGAAUUGCAAGAUGCGAUAUUUGAUUUCCUAUACAGUAGCCUAACAUGCAUUAAUCAAACUGAAUCCUCUGAUUUCACGAGAAGAAUUGAUAUUUGUAAAUUUGUAUUAAAUGAAAUACGUCUACAGGAUAAUAAAAGUGGAUACUAUGAGAGAGACGGCUACUUAAGAUUAUUGGGGAAAUCAUAUGUGACUUUAGCUUCUUUUAACAAGCAUGAUGGAGUCAUUAAUUUAGAGUGUACAAAUACUGUAUAUAGUAGCUUCUGUGAUAAUCUAUGGAUCACAAGUUUGAGUGGAGAUUUUAGAAAAUCUGCAUUUGAAAUAAUGGAGGGUCUCUUUCUAGCAUGUUAUAAAUGUGAAGAGUAUCAAUAUGUACAGAUUCAGUGGUGGACAACAGUAUUACAAUUGUUACUGGACAAUAAUCGCGAAAUACGAAAUGAAGCAUUCUCUUUAGUUGAUCAUGUUCCAGUACAUUGUACAGUGAUUAAUGAUCGUUCAUAUAUGAAUUUACUACUUUCCAAAUUCUUAGAAUGCAAUAUACGUAAUAAACAUCCUGAGUAUAUGUGUAUUGCGCUUUUUUAUUGGAGUACUGCAUUAUUGGAUUAUAUGGAUUACGAAAUGGAUGAUACAGAUGUGUUCAACAAAUGUACAAAUUAUGACUUCUUUGAACCUUUAGAGGUAUCAAGGACAUGUGCUGAGUUUUUAAUAAAAAAUAUGAAGUGUUAUAUAGACAUUAUAUUAACAGAUGACGCUAUAAAUUGGGUCAAUUCACUUUUGAAUGUCCAAUUUCAAAAAUCCAUUUCGUUUAGAACGCUCGUGAAGAAUUAUGAAAAUUACAUGCCUACUCUCGAAAAUAAAUUACACGAUAUUUUGAACCCGACUUACAAAAAUAAAUUAUUACAAAUUUUAUCAUACGAACAAUACAAAAAUAUAUUAUAAAAUGU